AAGGAACGCAUGCUGCCUCCCCCCACAGGACACGAGAUAGACCAGUCCAAGAUGGCGACGUCCAGUGACAAGCAGACGGUGGAAGGAAAAACCGGUCUUUUAUCCAUGGAGCUGCGUGUGCCCUUCCCUUCCCAGCAGCUGGCUCUCAUCGCGUACGGAUCUCUGUUCCCCGACCCAGAACCCAGGAAGGAGAUCGUGAAAAAGUUGCGUGUGGAGGGCACGGAGCUCAUCGUACUGUUCACCGCCCCCCAGGCCCGUCUCCUGCGUGUGGCGUUCCACUCCUUCCUUGACCACUUGGACAUGACCAUCCAGACCAUGGAGAAGUUUGGACCGCCUGAACCACACACCGCCUAGGAACUGAGUCAUCUAGGACCCUGAAUCUAGGACCUAGUCUCCUGACCAGAGAGAAAAAGGACUCACCUGUGGUGGCACUCGUCUGAGAAGUAGAAAAAAACUUGAUUUGAGAAAUUUGAACAGGGUGUGAAAGCGUUACCUCCAAAGACUUUUCUAA